AUGGCUGUCCCUCCCAACUUCGCCGGCCACAAGCUCGAAUUCGCCCCUCCAGCAGCUUCAUCCUCGUCCGUCCCGCGCGCAACUCACACCUUUGAGAUCUUCCUCGACUACACCUGCCCCUUUUCCGCCAAAAUCUUCAACACGCUCACCACCCAAGUCUUCCCCGUCGUGCGCGAGACUCCCGCCUGGGCCAACAGCCUCACCGUCGUCUUCCGCCAGCAGGUCCAGCCGUGGCACCCGUCGUCGACGCUGACGCACGAGGCGGGCCUCGCUGUCCUGCGCCUCGCCCCCGAGAAGUUCUGGGCUUUUAGCGGCGAGCUGUUUGCCACGCAAAAGGACUUUUUCGACAUCAGCGUCGUCAACGAGACGCGCAACCAGACGUACCGCCGUCUUGCAAAGGUGGCCGCCAAGGUGGGCGUCAGCGAGGACGAGGUCUACAAGCUGCUGGCCAUUCCUGAGAAGGGCGGCGACGAUGGCGCUUUGAAUGUUGGCAAUGCCGUCACCAACGACCUCAAGGUUGUCACCAAGAUGAAUCGCUUAGUGGGUGUCCAUGUCACUCCUACUGUCGUGUUCGAUGGUGUGGUUCAGGACACCAGCUCUGGCUGGACAGUGGACCAGUGGAAGGAGUUUUUCACCAAGAACAUUGCGUAG